AUCGGCCAAUGACUGGCACGUCUUCUCCAAUCAGGCUGCACGUUGAGUCGGCUACUUGCUCAUUGUACAGAUACAUGCUUGGACUCGACCAAUUCGAUUCUAUCGAUCGCUUUGUGCUUUUUACCUCCCCGCUUCCGCGACUGUUGAACAGGUGUGGUUAAUAACCAUGGUUCAACUUCCCUGGACCAUGGUGGUUGGUUUUAUUGUCUUCCAUCCAUGACGCUUCGAUAAACCUACGAUCACUUUCAUGUCUAUGACGAUGCCAUCGGUUCCAUAUCCCGCACAGUAUACUAUAUUUCUCAGGCUAAGUUCUCGGUCUUCCGGGACUGAUGUGCUUGGCUGUGGACAUCCAAGGACCAAUGGAAACAUAAUCUCUCCAUCCCGGUCUAUCCAAACCCACUGGAAUUUCCUACGCGAGUUGGUCCCGGACGGUUUAUUGGACACACGGUCCCCUCUGCGAUCUUUUACCCUAGAGGGGCGGGCUAUAUACUUCGUAUCCAGUGAGAGCUUCCAAGCACUGGCCGGAGGAUUGACAGAGAUCAGCGACGCUGACAUCAACGGUAUUAUUGUUGGUUUCAUAACCAUAUGUGCGCUGAUGUUUAUGGUUCGUGUCGACUUGUUGUCCGGGCCAAGUGGUCGAACUGGAGCUGUUCUCGAUGUGUUGUCCUUACAAAUCGCAGGAUGGGGCGGCGGCAUUUUUUCUUGCUUUCUAUUACCACCUUUAUUCCUUGCUCAUACGUGCAGCGCAUGGUUGCGGAAAGGAAAUGUCUUCCUAGAUCCUACAUUCGCAGAAUGCGCGUGCUCACAUUGCAGCGCCAGGCUGGCAUCCUUUGCUCUCAUUUGAACCGACACAACAUAAUUCCUUGAUAAAUACCUACUAACACAAGUACCAAAAAAAUAUAUCUAUAACUUUUGUGCUAACAAAAAACAAACUCCAGCCCAGACUCACUUGAACACCAGCCUGCUCCUUGAGCUCCUGCACAAGCUACAACAA